GUAUAGUCGUUUGAUUUGCAGCGAGGGUUUGUCAAGUUAACGUAGCAGGCCCUGCGGCGGUCGUGGUGGCUAGGCGGCCUAGCUCUAAGCAAAGCAACGUGCGUCGUGGCCGCGACGAUCGUGUUUUCCCCUGCCGGUGGCGACAUCAGUUAUCCGGAGCGCGGUAUAGGUGCCGCGAAGGGUAGUUUGGAGGAUGUUUUGCCUUUGGAGUUGUAAAGAGGAGUCCUUGGCCAAUAGGAUUGAGGCUCACCGGCGUCGGUCCGCGGUGCGAUUCGCUUUGCUGCUAAAAGGGCUCCUGCGCGCGCCGAAGAGCUGGCCGCAGCACGGCAAACUGCUCGAACACAGCGCCCGGUAACACAGCUCGCCGUGAGCGGCGCCGCGGCGGACGCCAGAACGCGCCGCGCGCUCAGUGAGCCGAUCUCUCCAGCACACGAACAGCGCUAUAUACGCGACGCGCAGCGAAAAAUAGCAACCAUGAGUCGAGCCCCGACCGGCGGCGACUCCGACAGCGACGAGGACAUGGACAAGGAGUACCAGAUCGAGCUCCUCUACCACGCCGCCGACGCCGCCGACGGCGAAGUCCAAGCCGAGCGCCUCCGCGUCGAUGCAAAGUCGACGUGGCCCGACGUCAAGAAGUUCGCGCAGCAGCGGUCGGGCCACGCCGACUUCGCGCUCGAGGACGAGGACGGCGGCCGGCUCGGCGCGCAGACGCCGCUCGCGUGGAUCCGCGCCGACCAGCAGGGCCGGCCCUACCGGCGCGCGGUGGUGAAGCGCCGCGGCGUCGACGCGGACGGCGUCUUCGAGCGGCGCGGCGUCGUGGCGCCGGCGCACGUGGGCCUCGUGGCGAACACGAUCAACGCCGGCAUGGACACGACGACGCUGCUCAGUGAAAGUAUAGAGAACUCGGUGCAGCACGGCGCGACGCUCGUCAAGAUUUUCAUCGACCCCGUGCGCGCGCAGCGUCUCCUUUUUUUCUCCUUGCUUUCCUUGGUUUCCUGUCUCUCCUUUUUUUCCUUGAAUACCUUGCCUACCUGGUAAACUUUGACGACCUCCCGGACGUGCGCGGCGAUGCCGUGUGAAACGGUUCCGUGACGGCGUCACCCCACGCAGGCGGCGCGGCGCAUCGUCGUCUUCGACAACGGCGAUGGAAUAAGACCGGAGCACAUCGACGUCCUCGCCAAGGCCGGCGCGUCGACGGUGCGCGACGACGAGAUCCAGGCGCCCGUGCGCGGCGCGCUCCUGGCGCACGAGGCCGGCGGCGGCCGCGGCGGGCGGAGCCAGGGGAGCCGCAGCAGCGCCUACAGCCACCGCGAGUUCGGCCGCCUGCGGGCCGAGUGGGGGCGCUACGGAGUUGGGAGGUACGCGCAGCUCAACGGCACCGAGACCAAGGUGCGCUUCGUGAGCGUCGCCAAGGGCGUGACCAAGCUCAUCGUCUUCGAGCAGGACAUGGCCGAGAUGGCGCACCAGAAGACGAUCACCUACGACUACCACGUCUACGACCACGGCACGCGCGAGUGCGCGCGGGAGAUCGCCGGGGUCAACAAGCUCGUGUACGACGACCGGAAUGGCACGCCGCCGGCCGCCGACGACCCGGACGUGCUCGACCGGACGCUGCGCACGUCGGGCGUCGGCAACAAGUCCUUCACGUGCCUCACGAUCGACAAGGUCGACGCGGGCUUCUUCGACGACUGGGCGGCGAACCGCGCCGAGAACCUCGCGCUGCUCGCGGAGAAGUACGUCCUGCACCUGGACGGCAACGCCGGCGAGGCCUCGCGGAGCUGGCUGCGCGCCUGCGGCGUGCUGCCCGCCGAGGACGCCAACGCCCGCAUCGUGAAGCUGAAGGUCGACGGCGUCGACCUCGGCGAGUCGGGCGAGAUGAGCGAGCGCGACGUGGGCGUCGCGAACCGCUUCGCGGACCUGGCGCGCCUCGCCGACCUGCGCGAGGCCUUCGAGCAGAAGCGGCAUUUAGAUAGGUGGGUGCUGCGCGAGGAGGGCCACAGCACGGCGCGCGCCGACCUCGCGGCGCUCUCGGUCUACUUCCCCCAGGAGAACGGCAUGGACACGAUGCCCGAGGGCGUGCGCGAGCACCGCACUCUGGUAUUAUGGAACGGGCUCUUCCUCCGCGACGAGGCCAUCGCGGCGUGGCCCUACGCGGCGCCGCGGAACCACCGCGGCCAGGUCGCGCCGGGCGACGCCAAGCUCGACAAGCGCUGCGUCACGGUGCUCUACCUCGAGUCGACGCGGCUCUUCGCGCCGGAGAUCCACAAGCGCCACCUCCGGCCGCACGACGCCGCCUACAAGCGCCUCGCGGACGAGCCGCCCGCCGGCGACGACUUCACGCGCGAUUUACGAAACGCGCACCGCGACCGGCUCCGGCGGUGGACCGAGGAGUUCGACGAGGAGGAGCGCUAUCCGAUGGAGGCGGGCUCGUACGACUUCGUGCAGUACGGGGCCGGCCAGAACGUGACCUACCGGCGCGUCGGCAAGAGCCUCCUGUACCGCAGCGACCGCUACCAGGUCGGCGACAUCGUGCGCUUCGCCCUGACGGAUGAGAAGAGGAGGGAGGACCAGAGCCUCGGCGCGGGCCGCAUCGUCGCCUUCAUCUGCGACGCCGAGCAGACGAACACGAGCGGCUUCUUCAUCUGCUCGAGCGUCCUCGCGCCGCGCGACGAUGCCGCCGGCCAGACCUUCGUCAUGGGCUUCAGCCAGCGCGGCGCGGACCUCGCGGCGCUCGAGGCGGCGGGGCCGGCCCGCUGGAGCCGCGACCUCUACGUCGCGUGCCCGUCUAAUAGAUUACGCGGCGCCAAGCUCGGCGCGGACGAGCUCAAGGCUGCCCUCGACGACGCGAAGAAGCAGUUCCCCGCGAAGGUCCAGCUCGUCGAGUGCGGCACGACGAAGCUGAAGCCGGCGGAGACGAAGCUCGCCGCGGAGCCCUUCACCCGCUUCGAUCGCACGCUCUACACGUCGACGCCGGUGCCCGAGUUCGCCUUUACGCUCCUGGCCUUCAACGCGAAGACGAAACAUUUGGACGCCAAGGCGUGCGCCGACAUCGAGCUCGAGCUCGUCGCGCGGCCGCCCAGCGGCGCGGAGGACUGGAGCGACGCCGUCGUCGUCGCGACGGGCGGCUGCGACGCGGGCGGCGUCUUCCGCCUGGCCAAGCCGGAGCCGCUCGACGAGAUGGGCGAGUGGCAGUUCCGCGCGCGGCUCCGCGAGACGCCGAACGCCGUCUGGACCGCCCUCGCGAACUGGGAGCGCGCGCCUCGCGAGGAGCAGAAGCAGGUCAAGAAGAAGGACCGGCCGAAGUUCUCGCUGGACACGCUCGCGCGGCGCGACGACGACGCGCUCGCCGGCCUCCAGGGGUCCGAGCCGCCGUUCUCGCGCGCGGUCGAGUGCAAGCUGAACCCGUCGGAGCCCGUCCAGCUGACGUGCUCGCUGCCCAAACGGUCGGAGGUGCACCUGGACGCGGCCGUGGCCGACCUGACCGUCACGUUCCAGGAUUCGUUGGAUCAGACGGCCGCCGACGCCCAGCAGCGCGUCUCGCCCAAGGACUACGACGUCACGGGCGAGCACUCGCGCGCGUGGAUCGAGGUGGACGGGCGGGAGCCCUUCGCCCUGGACCUCUCGGCGUGCCGGCUCGCGCGGUGCCGCGGCGACGGCGCGCUGACCCUGGACAACCUCGUCGUGCCGGCCGAGGCCGUGCCCGCUGACGUCCUGCUCCCGGCCGCGGCCGAGCUGCACCUGGAGCUGCACCCCGUCGUCGACGGCGAGUACGAGUACGUGACGUACGUCGCAGACGUCGUGGCCGGCCGGACGCAGGCGUCGCCGCGCCGCGUCUUCCGAGCGCUGGACAAGACGUUCCAGAGCCUCGUCGAGCUCGAGCAGCACGUCAACAUGCAGGACAACAAGUGGCUCGUCCCGCGGACCGUCGCACCGCUCGCCCUGACGCUGACGAGCGCGCCGGCGAAGCUGAGCCUGCGCGACGAGCGGGCAUUGAUGGACCUCGAGCGGCCCUUCAUCGCGACGUGCGUCUUUGAGCUCGUGACGGCGUCGGGGCACUUUAUCGACGCGAAGGCGGUGCCUAUGGGCGCCGCGGUCGUGGGCGACGGCUCCGUCAAUAUAACCCACCACGGCGCAGCCGAGAACAACGACGACGGCUCCGUCACGCAGAGCUACCUGAUCGACGGCGCGGACCUCGGCUGGAGCGGCCAGGUCCGCUUCGACGUCGACGACACGCUGUUCCUCACGGCGGAGGCGUCGACGGGCGACAAGAAUGUCCGCGUGUCGGUGCUGACGCAGACGGGCGACGCCGUCGAGGAGGAGGUCGACGCGGCAUCGCCGGGCUGGGUCGCCUGCGCCGAGGACGCGCGCCACCGCGUCGCGCUGGGCGCGCUGGACCUCGCGGAGGUCGGGGCGACGCACCUCCGCGUGGAGGUCGUCGACGGGGCCGGCGCCGUCGACGCGCGGGCCUGCGGCGCGAGCCAGGCGUGGCUGGUCCUCAACAGUCCCGACGGCGCCAAGCACAAGACGAAGGUGUGCGCGCCCGUCCUCGACGGCGUCGCCGUCCUCGAGCUCGGGCGGCUGGCGUCGUCGACGUCCAGGGGCAUCAAGGAGCAGCGCGAGGCGGGGAAGUUCAGCUUCCAGAUCGUCUUCAAGAACUCCGAAAACAAGGACGUGCUGACGUCGCGGGGCAUCUCGCUACCGCUCAAGGCCGGCGCGCCGGACUCGGUGGACGUCGACGACGAGGCGUUCCAGGCGCUGCUCGACGCGGGCGACGACCGCGGCCUCCUGACGCUCGGCAAGCCCGCGCCCUACCUCUGCCUCGUCGUCCGGGACGAGGCGGGGACGCGCCUCGAGAGCGACCAGCUCGCGGGCCUGACGGCGACGCUGACCUGCGCCGACGCCUGCCACACGCUCCGCGAGGCGCCGACGGACGCGCCCAUCGACGGUAGUUCGAUGACGGACGCCGAGCCCGGCGCCCUGCCCGGCGGCUGGAGCGUGCUCUCGGGCUGGGACGCGCCGCCGGAGGUCGAGGAGGGCGCCCGGGGCUGGCCGAUCAAGUUCCGCCUGGCGCUGGCGGGCGGCGACGCGCGGCUCGAGACGUCGUUCGAGCUCCGGUUCCGCAACGGGCCGCUCGCCGAGGUCCAGGCCGCGGCGCUGCCCGGCGGCGUGCUGAGCGUCGAGGUCGGCGAGAUCUUCCAGGGCGAUGACUUCUUCAGCCUCAAGGACGAGUCGGGCAACCCGUUCCGGGACGACCCGACGGCCGACGCCGACGCGCCGCGCGGGCCCAUGUUCGACGUGGCGAUCGAGUGCGACGCGCCGGGCCUCGACCUCGAGCUGCAGCGCGUGGGCACGAAGAAGCCGAAGAAGGGCAAGGGCAAGAAGAAGAAGGCCCCGGCGACGGACGCGCCGGAGCCGGAGACCGCCGGCGCCGUCGUCGUUCCCGUCGGCGCGGCGCUGGAGACGCUGACCAUCCCCGAGUGCCGCGUCGCCGUCGCCGGCGGCGAGUUGAGUCAAGUGGUCGAGGCGAAGCUCGUCCUGCGCGCCCGCGCCGAGUGCCCCGCCGACGCGGCCGCGCUGCAGCUCGACUUCAUCCCGGUCCGCGUCGCGCCCUCGUCCAAGGUCCGGACCCUCGAGAUUUUUAAAAGGGAGAAGGACCAGAUUGGCGCCGAGGACGGCGAGGUGCCCGCCGUGGGUGCGGACCCCGAGGCGAUGGGUUUAGAUCGGCUGUCGGAUGGCGACACCUUAGAAGUGCCCACGGGCCGGAGCGUCCUCGACGUGCUCCAGCUCUCGGGCAUGUGCGAGGACGGCCAGCUCGCGACGCGCGACGAGGAGCGGCGCGAGAACUUCCGGGGCGACCUGCGGUGGCACCAGGGCGAGAACGACCCCAACCCCAAGGGCUGGAAGAAGAUCGACAAGCUCGCCCAGGUCGACCCCUCGUGGUUCUGCAAGCUCAUGCCCGACGAGACGCGGCCCAUCCGCUUUGGCAUCAUCGACCAGGACACGAAAAACGUCGAGAGCCACACGACCCUGAUCCUGAAGCGCGUCGCGGGCCAGGCGCAGCGCAUCACCUUCAAGGAGGCCGACACGGACGACACGGACGACGGCGAGCGCGGGUCCUCGGCUCGCUACGAGGCCGAGGCCUGCGACUCCCUGGCGAACUCGGCGCACCGCUGCGCCUGCGCUGCGCGCCUCACGACGAGCACGACGAACGACGCCGACGACGACCUCGCGAACCUGUGCCAGCUCGAGGUGCGGCGGUGGGUCAAGGGCUCGGACCCGGCCGACGCGACGGUCGACCUCCUGAGCCUCUCCGACGGUGCGAACGACGUGGCCGUGGCCCUCGAGGAGACGGACGCAACGUUCAUCGAAGUGCGGCUCGUCGACGCGACGGGCAACAAGCAGCCGAUCGAGGACCUCCGCGUCUCGCUGGCCAUGAAAAUCUACCCGCAGAACGGCGAGGACGACGUCGAUGGCCAGCUCAACGUGGCGCGGACGGUGGAGCUGCGCCUCGAGAACGAGCUCGGCCGCGCGGCGCGCGAGGCCAAGACGGAGGGCGAGCGCGCGGCCCAGGUCGAGUACGACCGGGCGCGCGCCGCUGUGACCGCGCAGAGGCAAGUUGUCGAGGGGCUCGUCGACGAGCAGCGGGACUACCAGCGCGCGGUCGAGCGCGCCGCGAGCAAGGAGGAUGCGCGGCGGGCACACGAGGCCGCGCGCCAGGCGACGGCCGCCGCCGAGGCCGCCCGCAAGGCCGUCGAGGACGCGGACGACGCCCCGCUCGCCCGCGAGCACCGGUUCAGCUCGGACCCGCAGAUGCACGAGAAGCUGAGGACUUUCCGCGCCGAGCUCGUGCGGCAGCUGCACCGGGCCGGCCGCGCGCCGUCGGAGCUCCGCGGCUUCACGAGCGAGCUCGCGACGGUCGAGGACGACUCGGACGCGGACUGCUGCGCCCAUCUCGCUGGCGCGAACAAGCUCUAUGUCGGGUCGAGCGACGCGCGGGUCAUCGCGCAAAAGCUCGCGAAGAGCGGGAAGUACGGCGCCAUCAGCGUCGUCGACCUGUCGCUCGCGGGCCCCACGGAGAGCUGGAACGCCGAGCGCCACGCGCCCGUCGACGCGAGCGACGCGGGCUUCGGGGCCGUGUCCGCAAUCCUGCGUUUAUCAGCGCAGCGCUGCGACCUCGAACAGGUCUUCCGAAGGCAAAUUGGGCAGGCGAUCAUCUUCCCGGACGACGAACGGCUCACGGCCGCGGACAAAGCGCGGGGCGUGGCCCCUUUCAAGCGCGUGUCGCGCGAGAGCCCGGCCAUUGUAGCGAAGACCAAGGGCCAGAUCACCAUCGGCGUGGACGCGCGGCCGCCGCCCUUCGUCUUCGCGAGCCCGGGCGACGGCCAGCUCGAGGCCGCCGAAAAGCGGCUGCGCGACGCCCGGGCCGCCGAGGACCGCGCCGAGGCCGACUUCGAGGCGUACGCUGAUGUGGCCGAGCCCCCGGCGUCGGACGUCGAGGCGCGGCUCGCGGCCGCGCGGGCCGAGCUCGCGCGCCUCGAGGACGACAAGCGCGCGAAGAAGGCCGCCCGCAAUGGCGCGCUGGCGCCCCUCGACAACGCCGAGGAGGCGCCGCGGAAGCGCAAGGAGAUUCCGGACGUCCAGGGCGCGCUCGCGAAGAAAAAGAAGGCGAAGGCGAAGAAGCCGGCGGCGGCGCGCAAGAAGAAGCGCGCGCGAGACGCCGACGAGGAGCCGUCCUCGCCGAAGCGCGCGCGCGACGAACCGGACGACGCCUGGGAAUUCGACGGCGGCGUCGACGAGUGAUCCUUUCUCCCCAUCCUCCCCCGCUCACUAAGACGAGCAUUCACGA